GGAAUCGUGACUCCCGGAUAAGGAAAAUCCGAGAGUAAUAUCGGAGGCAGGCGAUGGUUUACGGCAGGCGGUGGUGGUUAAUGUCUUUGAUACAAAUAAAAAAGAGUGGGGAUCAUGACAUUAUUAAGGACAAAUAAAAUUAAAAUGUUUUUUGGAAGGUUUGUAGCUGUCCAGUGGCUCGUGAGGCCUGGACAGUCUUGUCGUGGCAAUGGAUUGAUGGGCCUGAUUUACCAUUCCUUGAGCAAAUGAAUCUGGAGUUUCAGACAAGGAGGAAGGCAGCCUUGGAGAAGAUGAUCUGGUGCGAGCGGAAUCAUCGUGUUUGGCAGGGAGCGAUGUCUAUAGCACAACAGUUAUUCCAUCGAGCAGGGGCUUUGGUUGACGGGUGGUCCAGGGCACAGGCAAUACAAAGGAACAAGGUGCAACAAGAGUUUUCUCCGGCUACUGUGUGGUGCAGGCCGACAACUGGUAAACUGAAACUCAACGUCGAUGCAGCGGUCCGGCCGAACACUUGUGGACUCAGCUGGUGCUUUAGAGAUGAAAAUGGCAGCUUCAUUGCGGGGGCGGCUCGUCCGUGGCUGGGCAUACUAUCACCGUUGAGUGCCGAACUUGUUGGGAUUCAGGAAACUCUUAGUUGGGUGAAGCAAAAUGGAUGCACAGAGAUGGAGGUCGAGACCGAUGCGGCCUAGGCUAUUUCAGAGAUUGGAUCCAGUUGCUCUUCGAUUGGAUGAUUGGGUGAGGACAUAAGAGAUUUGGCGAAUCAUUUUUCGAGCAUUUGUUUUUAUCAUGUUAUGCGAUCAACAAAUAAGUCAGCCCACGCUUUAGCUAGAUCUGCUUGUUCUAUGUCUGAUCUGAGAUCUUGAUCUAUACUCCUCCUCCUUUUAUUGUAUUUGUGUUACACAAUGACUUCAUUAAUAUUAAUUAAAUUUUCUCCUUGCAAAAAAA